AUGUUUACCCGAAUUUUUGGUAAACCAAAACAGGAAGCCAAUACUCUAACGACUUUGGACAAGUUAAACGAGACACUUGAAAUGUUAGAGAAAAAAGAGAAAGUACUCCUUAAAAAGGCCGCUGCAGAAGUUGAAAGGGCCAAAGAAUUCACAAGAGCAAAGAAUAAAAGGGCGGCAAUACAAUGUUUGAAGAGGAAGAGGCUAUACGAACAGCAAAUAGAACAGCUUGGAAAUUUCCAGCUGCGUAUUCAUGAUCAGAUGAUAAUGUUGGAAGGUGCCAAGGCAACCACAGAAACAGUUGACGCAUUGAGAACUGGUGCAGCGGCUAUGAAAGCUAUGCAAAAAGCAACGAAUAUUGAUGAUGUUGACAAGACUAUGGAUGAGAUCAACGAACAGACAGAGAACAUGAAACAAAUUCAGGAAGCAUUGUCUACUCCAAUUGGUGCAGCUGCUGAUUUUGACGAGGAUGAAUUGGAGGCAGAACUUGAAGAGCUAGAGGGUGCUGAACUGGAAGAACAGCUUCUUCAGCCUGCAACUACAGCUCCAGCAGCUCCAGUGCAUGUUCCAGCUGGGCGGCAACCCACUCGCCCUGUGUCUUCAAAACCCACUGCCGAGGAAGAUGAGUUGGCAGCUUUGCAGGCUGAGAUGGCACUUUGA